CACCAGUGAACAUGUAGUUCACCCCAUCGAAAAUCAGGUGUAGCUGUUUGCGUGUCACCGUGCCACAAUGACGCAGCGGGAGCUCACGAGACUAAGCAGAAAGCUGAAUGGCCCAGGCCCUAUGGCAGAAUACAACAGACAGGAUACCUUUGUGGUGGAUUUUAAGGAUUUCAUUUCUUCUUUCUUCAAGAGAGUCUUCACUGGUCUGCUCGAGCAAGUUAUGGUUCUGAGGGGCCUCCAUGAAGGGAAGACAGAAUACCUCUGUGGUGGACUCUAAGGAUUUCAUUUCUUCUUUCUUCAAGAGAGUCUUCACUGGUCUGCUCGAGCAAGUUAUGGUUCUGAGGUGUCUCCAUGAAGGGAAGACAGAAUACCUCUGUGGUAGAUUUUAAGGAUUUCAUUUCUUCUUUCUUCAAGAUAUGUGUCAACGAUGUACAUCCCUUGAACGUGAAUAUAGACAGUACAGCUCUGCUCCACACAGCUUCAUCGUUCACGCAGACAGAAGCAUCAUCACAGGUCCAGGAAGAAAUAAGGAGGUCAAGAAGGGGAAGAAGAAGAUCCUCCAGGACAUAGUAAAGAAAGUGUCAGCACUCAGGAACACGCUUGGGGGACAUCUGCUGGUUCACCUACACGGACAAAAGGAGGGAGACAAGUAUCUGGAGUACUUCCAUGAGUUUGUGGACAAAACUCUACAGGACCUGAUUGAGUGUGGAUCUUCCUAUGUGGACACAUAUCACACUACAUGGUUAAAUGAGAUACCAUGCUUUGAAACCUUUAAAGAUGUUUUAUUGAUAAAUGUAGCUCUCACAUGUGGAAUUUCGACGGCAAAUGUUAACACAAAGAUAUGCAAUGACUUUGAAAACACAAGCCCUACAACAUUUAAUUUAGUUUACUUGCUGGCACAUUCUCAAUACGAGGCAUCACGUGGUGUACCUGCUUUAAAGGGAAUUGAUCAAGACAAGCUGCAGCUGUACCAAGAAUCUCAGAAUGUUGAACUGAAACUGUUCUGUCCAAAGAAUGACAUCUCACAUGUGCAGUAUAUUUGGGAAGAUCUUAAACUCAAGGACAAUAUAACGUCGAUGUCUAAAGUUCCUGGUGGAGGGUCAUAUUAUGUGGGAGUAGAGGAAAGAGUGGUCACAGAGAGCGGUUACAAGACUAAAGUACCCCAUUUUGUCGGUUUUCAGGUUGAUAAUCCAGAAGAACUUAAGGAAGGUCUGCACAUCAUGGUAAACAAGGAACUUUGUGUGUUAUCUUUCACUGGUGAAUUUGGUGACCCACCGUCUGAUCUUGUCCAAAUAGGAAUCCAUAGACUCCCUGGCGUAGGGAACAAGUGUGUACUUGAAGUAGCAGUGAGGUUCUUUGGUGGGAUUGUCUUCUGUGACAAACAGGGGCCAAUAAUUUAUGAAAUACAGAAUCAUGGUAUAUGCAGAAUGGAAAGGACUGAGUGGCUACGAAGAAUCCUGCAGCUCCCUUCGUGGAAAGUGAUACAAACAAAUGAGGUGGAGACUGAGAGUGAACACAAUCUAAACACACAGAACAUAAUCUAUUCCCGUACAUAAAAGACGUGCAGUGAAUACAGUGACUGUUUUCUUAUUGUAUGCAAGCCUUUAUUGCAAAUAUAUUUAGUUUUGCAUGGUACUUAUCAUUAAGUUGGAACAGAUAGUGACUGGCUUGACACUUGGAUUUCAAUAUUUGUAAGAGAAUACAACAAAAUUUGACUUAACUGUGUGUUUUGUGUCUUGGGGAAAAGACUUUAUCAUAUAAAUCAAAGAGCGCUAUCCUACAGAAUUCACAAUGUCAUCCAACGAGAGUGAAGAUUCGGAUUUGUCCAGCACCUACAGCUCUGACGGGGAGGUCCAGCACUCCAUCACCAGACCACAGAGGACACCAGGGCUCAAGUAUCUGGACUUUGAUGAUGUGGACUUUUCCUAUGCAGUAUUUGACACACCUGGCACUAUUGCAGACUGCAUUCACCCAAUAGACGUGAAGCUGUUUGUAAGGCCGGAUAUUUUAACAUCUGUGAGAUCCAUACCUGAUUUAAACUUCGUCUACAUCAACUCCCCUACACUGACGUUCCUGGAGCCAGAGGAGGAGGUGCCAGCUCCACACAGCGUCAUCUGCGACGCCUACAUCUUUAAGACAGACGGAGUGGUUCUCGUCCUAACGUUUGUUUCCAGAGAUGAGCCUGACGCUGUUCUUUACAACUCCACACAGGCCCGGGCUCUGACGGUCGCUGUCAGGAGCAGAACUUGCACCAACUUUCACCCCGUUCAUGGCGUCGUAUCGCCAGACAUAUACAAAAGUUCUCGGAACUUCCUGACCAGGAUCCAGCAACUUCACACAACUGCAGCGCAUGUGUCUGUACAUCAGUCCUUGACUUCCAGAGAUGGGAAGAUGGUUGACAUAUUCAGGACGAUGACUCAGCAUCAAAGGCCAUCAAGAAAACUCACAGAUUGGGAGAGAUUAUUUGUGAAGACAGCUGCCUACCAGGAAGUCCGAGACAAGCUACAACAACACAACCUGGUGAUGCUGACUGGUGGUCCUGGGGAAGGUAAGACCACAAUAGGACACAUGCUGUGUUGUGACUACCAGCAACAAGGAUACAACACAGUCUUCUGCAGCAGAUGGGAGCACUUCAACAGGGAUGUAUUCCAGGCAACUAAACCGACACUGGUGGUGAUUGAUGACAUGGCAGAUCACUGGGUAUAUUCAAACUUUGUCAAAGAGAUACACAACAAAACUUAUACCAACAAGCUUGUUUGUGUUCUUAUUAUAUACGCGAACUGCAAACGAGAUACGUUCAAUCGAAAGACGGACAUAACACAGAUAGGAAGACAGAACUUGGACAGAACAAAGCAGGAAUAUUCCCAGAUGCUGGAGAUGCAGACAGACAUUCCAUCAGACACACGGGAGGAGAUUAUAGCUAACCUUCCUUCAUAUGUCGGUUUCCCCAAGGUCAUCAAACACUUCUCUCAAGACAGACCUACCACAGAUCCUGUAUCAUUUUUCGCAUAUCCACAUUCCCAAUUCAGAAAAGAAAUAGAAACAUUACUUAGAAAUGUUGAUUAUUCUGCUACAAUGAUAUAUAUCUUGGUUUCUGGGAACCUAGUGGCAGACUACUAUCCAUAUCCAUAUAUCUAUAACAGUGAUGAAAGUGAUGAGCGUGAUCAGAGUGGUUAUUAUAUCGAUGGUUCGAGAGAGUUUCAGUCUCUCUUUCCCGAAUUAAGAACAGAUGAUCUUCCUGACAUGUUACACAGAUUGUGUGCCACCUAUCUAUGUCAGUCUGGCGACGAUAUUAGUUUCACAGAGCCUGUCAUAUAUGACGCCUGUAUGUUUGUUGUUGACAGCAUGUUUCCUGGAGUUCUAUGGAAACACUGCAAAGUUUUAUAUGAAACUGACAACAAACAGUAUCUCACAGACUUGCCUGAUAAAACCAUCGUCAUCUCCAGUCACAACACAAACAUGUUUCUGACACAGCUGGUAGAAGACACAAGGAGAGGGAAGUUCAGACACACAUUCCGUCACCCAGUUCUCAGCAGGGAGGACAACAUAGACAGGUUCCUGACACAGCUCGGGGACAGUUUUGUGAAUGUUCUAUAUUUACAGGAUACAGCUGGUUCUUCCACUGGUUUAAGGUGCUUCUUGUACUGGGUCCUACAGUCUGGCAAUGAUUACCUGUGUCAGAAGGUGUUACAGAAACAGGAACUGUCACAGGUACAUGUCAGUGAGGAACUAGCUUGUUGUAUCAAACUACAAGACACCAAGUCCUUCCUGUAUUUACGGCAGCAGCUGCUGGAUCUACAGAGGGGAGAUAUCACCUAUACACCAAACGAUACAGAUGCUAAUGGAAACUCUCUUCUUAUGAUGGCUGUGGACAGGAAUAAUGCCAACAUGGUCGACAUCUUACUGAAAGAUGAUGCAGAGUGUCUGAUCAUGAACAAAGUCGGAAAUUCUGCCCUCCAUCUGGCCUGUUUGAGGGGAUAUACAGAUGUUGUUAAGUUACUGCUUCCCCACGUGGAGGUCUGGAAGAAUCUGCCAGGACAGGACUUGAGAACACCAGUCAUGAUGGCUGCACUGAAAGGUCAUGGUCAGCUGUAUGAGUAUCUGGCAGAUGAAGGGAAGUGUGACCUGACUGGUGUUGAUGAUAACGGUGAUACUAUCCUACAUCUGGCAUGUCAGGGCGGUAGUGUCCGGGUUGUCAAACAUCUGAUGUCUAGUAAGUUGUUUGACAUCAACCACAGAGGCCAGUAUGGAAAGACACCUCUGAUGAUUGCAGCAUGCAGAGGCCACAGAGAUGUGUUUCAGUUACUUCUGUCACAGAACUGUCACAUCUCUCCUGAGGACUUCAGCAUGUCGGAGACACUCUCUUAUGGACAUGUUGGUGACUGCCUCAACAUGUCACAGUUUCUACGAGCAAGAGGACAUGGCCUGAAUAGGUUCAUGUUGACACACAAGAAACAUUAUAUCUCAAAAUUGAAAUCACACCUAGAGGAGAAAGGAUCGAGCAUGUUACUUGUGGAUGUGAGUGGUCUGAGUCUGCUUCACACAGCAGCAGAAGCAGGGAACGUGGAGCUGGCAGAGUUCCUCCUGUCAAAGGGAAAGAUUGACAUCAACACGAGGGAUGCCAGCGGGAGGACUCCAGUGAUGUUAGCAGCAGCUGCAGGACACAGAAUCAUGUUUGAGUUUCUAACUAAAAAACAGUGUAAAUUGUCAAUAAAGGACACAAAGACACGUGGAGUUCUCCACUACGCCAGUCAAGGGGGAAACUUGGGUAUUGUACAGGAUGUGGUGUAUCAGGAUGUAAACGAGACAGACAGUUAUAAUAAAACACCUGUGUCGUAUUGUGUAGAGAGAGGACAUAAACACAUUUUUGACACAUUGUUUAAUACAGCGGGAGAUCUGUUACUUGUAGACACUGACAAGAACACACUGCUACAUCUGGCAUCCAAGGGAGGUAACCAGGCUAUAGUGGAGCAUCUUCUGUCAUCAGGGAUGUUUGACAUAAAUGCUGUGAACAGAGACAGGAGAACACCCCUGUUGGUGGCAGCGUACAGUGGACACACAGACAUCUGUCAGCAUCUGAUUGUUGCUGGAGCUGAUGUACACAGACAGGACUAUGAUGGGAAUGAUGUGGUACUUGUUGCAGCUCAGACAGGGAAUCUCCAGCUGGCUGAGUGUGUUUUGUCUGUGAAGAAACGAGUUGACUUUGUACAGGACAAACGUGGGAAAACAGCAGCAAUGUGGGCAGCGGAGAGAGGGGAUGCUGACAUGUUCACGCUGAUGAGUAAAGGAUGUGAUCUCUCUGUAAAGGAUGACAAACAAAACAGCAUCCUUCAUUUCGCCUGCACGGGAGGAGAUUUAGAUAUAGUAGAAUCUAUUGUUGCACAAAACAAAGUUGACUUCAAUGGGAUAAAUAUAUCUCAAGAAACACCAGUGAUGAGGGCAGCGUUGGGGGGGCACAAGGCAGUGUUUGGCCUACUUGUGAGCAAAGGAUGUGAUCUGACAGUUAAGACUAAGUAUGAUGACAACAUCCUUCAUGCGGCUUGUGAGGGAGGCAAUGUGCAGAUUGUAGAAUACAUUGUCUCUCAUAACAAAGUUGACAUCAACAGUACAGGUCAUGACAGAACACCAGUGAUGAGUGCAGCGCUGAAGGGACACAAGGCAAUGUUUGACCUACUUGUGAAUAAAGGAUGUGACCUGACAGUGAAAGAUGAGUAUGGUGACAACAUCCUUUAUGUGGCUUGUGAGGGAGGCAAUGUACAGAUUGUAGAAUACAUUGUCUCUCAUAACAUAGUUGACAUCAACAGUGCAGAUGAUGUGGGCAGAACACCAGUGAUGCUUGCAGUGUUGAAGGGUCACAAGGCAGUGUUUGACCUACUUGUGAGUAAAGGUUGUGACCUGACAGUGAAGGAUACGUAUGGUGACAACAUCCUUCAUGCGGCUUGGAAGGGAGGCAAUGUAGAGAUUGUAAAGUACAUUGUCUCUCAUAACAUAGUUGACAUCAACAGUGCAGAUGAUGUGGGCAGAACACCAGUGAUGCUUGCAGUGUUGAAGGGUCACAAGGCAGUGUUUGACCUACUUGUGCGUAAAAGAUGUGACCUGACAGUGCAGGAUGAGGAUGGUGACAACAUCCUUCAUGCGGCUUGUAAUGGAGGCAAUGUAGAGAUUGUAGAAUACAUUGUCUGUCAUAACAUAGUUGACAUCAACAGUGCAGGUAAUAUGCGCAGAACGCCAGUGAUGCUGGCAGAGUUGAAGGGACACAAGGCAGUGUUUGACCUACUUGUGAGUAAAGGAUGUGACCUGACAGUGAAGGAUAAGGAUGGUGACAACAUCCUCCAUAGGGCUUGUAAGAGAGGCAAUGUAGAGAUUGUAGAAUACAUUGUCUCUCAUAACAUAGUUGACAUCAACAGCACAGAUGAUGUGCGCAGAACACCAGUGAUGAGGGCAGCGUUGAUGGGACACAAGGCAGUGUUUGACCUACUUGUGAGUAAAGGAUGUGACCUGACAGUGAAGGAUAAGGAUGGUGACAACAUCCUUCAUAAGGCUUGUGAAGGAGGCAAUGUAGAGAUUGUAGAGUACAUUGUCUCUCAUAACAUAGUUGACAUCAACAGUGCAGGUUAUGAGAGGAGAACACCAGUGAUGCUGGCAGUGUUAAAGGGACAGAAGGCAGUGUUUGACCUACUUGUGAGUAAAGGGUGUGACCUGACAGUGAAGGAUCAGUAUGUUGACAACAUCCUUCAUGCGGCUUGUGAUGCAGGCAAUGUUCAGAUUGUAGAGUACAUUGUCUCUCAUAACAUAGUUGACAUCAACAGUACAUGUUGUGCCGGUACAUCACUUGAUAUCGCAAAAAACAAAAUGAACCAUUCGUUGGUUAAGUUUCUGAGGCAAUUUGGCGCAGUGUGAGAAGUGUGUCCAUCUUGUCCGUGAAAGCCACCUCUGCCCUGACACUUGACAUGCUUGUUCUCACCAAUUUGUCCAAAGGGAUGUCAUCCGGUCCCCAUGCUGACCAUAAUGAAGAAAACCUCUUGUGGUCAACUUUGUCCAUGAAAAUGAAAUUUGGACCAUUAUUUGACCUUUUGUAUUUCGACCUUGCUCAAUAAUGCUCUCCAAUGUCGCACAGGUUCUGCAAACAUCAACUCCUCAAAAAGACAAAACUUAACAUGGAUGGUGCCACAGCGGCGACACCUUACUUUGCUCUGGAGGAACCACAUUUUAUCAAGUGUAUUGAUGACCACUAUUCAGCCAUUUGUUUGUGUAAAGUAUGAUAUAUGAUGCAACACAUAUGUAGAUAGUAGUGGGACUCUCAUAUAUGUUCCUUUUUUGUAACAAAAUAUAUACUCACACG